AUCACGUCUGUGGGAUGAUGAUUAUGUAUAUAAGGGAGGUUUGGGCAGACCUAGAAUCAGAAAUAAACCCAGAGUUUAGGAAACGACUCGGAGAAGGAACUGACAUAGUUGUCAGAAUGAAUGUGGUUGUUUUAUUAUCAGCUCUCGCUGUCGUCUCAGCUUUUGAAAUGAACAAAGAGUGGGAAGGUACCAUCGGUGUAGAGUGGAAAGAAGACCCGGCAGAUUGUUCCGUGUUCUAUCUGUGGUACAAUGGACGGCGAACUAAAUACUCAUGUCCCGGAACCAUGGUUACAGACCCAAUCAGCAGGGCUUGUGUGCCGAAAGGGUCUAAGCUAGACAAAUGCUCAGAAAAGAACACGCCAGGUAUCCCAUGUAACGCGGCCUUGAAGGAGUCCUGCGCUAAAUACACGAACUGCCCAGUUCCGAGUGAGAUGGGGAUGCCCGUCAUACCGGAAGUACAGGAGUGUCCCUACCCUCUACUGUACGACGAGGACAGUAAGGGCUGUGCUUACCCAGACACAGUCAAAUGUGGGGACAGAAUCGAACCCAAGGAUCCAUGUGAUUACAGGGCUAAUCAGUGUGAAGGUCCUAACUGUGUGCCGUGUAGCGUCCGUCACCCCAGCUGUUCCGGACGACCAGACGGACUUAACGUGUGGGCCGGGAGAGAGAAGACCCCUUACUUUGUUGUCUGUCGAGGCGAGCGCGUGGUGCACCAGGGUCUGUGUCCUCAGGGGGACAAGGGGCGGAUGUUCGACCCUGAAAUAUCAGGCUGUGUCGAUAUCGAUGUAUGAAAUGAAAUAUAUAAUAAUUGUAUGUAAAUUUUGCUUUAUUCGCCUGAGAUUACAUGUGAUA